AUGUCGAAACUUUCAAUAAUUUCAACAUUAUGCUUCAUAAUUUUCUUAUUGAGUCUCUGCUUCCCUAUCGCGCGAUCGGAAUCUGGCGCUGCAGUAUUAAUUCAAGAAGUGACAAGCGAGGAUGGUAAAGGUGAUGUGUGCGCAGGGUUAAAAGCACCUGCAUCAUGCCCGGUCAAUUGUUUCCGUGCGGACCCCGUUUGUGGCGUUGAUGGUGUUACUUAUUGGUGUGGGUGCGCCGACGCUAUGUGUAGCGGCACUCGUGUUUCUAAAUUAGGGGCUUGCGAGGUUGGAAGUGGCGGCAGCACCUCUCUUCCUGGUCAGGCACUUCUUUUGAUUCAUAUUGUCUGGCUCAUCUUACUUGGGUUUUCUCUCUUGUUUGGGUUUUUUUAG